AGACCAGAGGAGGAGGCCGUGCACUUGCAGAGAGCUGAAACAGAUAGCAAAGUCAGGCACCCAGCUGAGAAAGAUCGUUCGUUGACUUGGAUGGCGGGCGGGAGCAAGGUGCGGGAAUGGAUGCGUAGGCGGAUGGCGCCAAGGAAGGCGGCCGGGAGCGGGAGCAGUGGCAGUGAGGCGGCGUCGACGUCGGCGCAGUCGUCGCCGAGGCGGAAGCUCCGGACGGGCGCGUUCUCGUCGGCGCUGCGGUGGAGGAAGCCGCGAGGGAACGUGCUGGCGGCACUGUUCCAGAGGGCGGCGUACCACCUGCUGUGGCUGGUGGAGUCCGUGGUGGUGGUGGCGCGGCUCUGCUUCUUCUUCGUGCGCUUCGGAUUCAGGCUCUGAGAACUCCGAUUGGAUCAGCCACGCGCGCCGCGCUGGGCUGAGAUUCCCAACUCCCAAGUGAUUCCACGAUUCUUUCAUUUGUUUUCGUUCUUCUUUGUUCGCCACUUUCGACUUCAAUCAUCACAAGCUGUAAGUAACUUGAUCUCCCCCCCCCCCCCCCCCGGGAGAAUGUGUAAUUGCUCCACUGUCUUCACAUGGAACUGUUUUAUCUCUUCA